UUUUUUUGUUGCCAAAAUUUUUGAAAUUCAUUCCAGUUUCUUGCAUCGCAAAACGUACAAAACCAGAAUUUCUCAUAGAAAAAUAAGAAUUGUGUGACGUUAUUUUAUGUUCUAAAAGUGUUUGUGUAAUAAUUGAUUUAUAACUUUUAAAGUUUAACUACAAAUAGAAAACGAAAUAAACAAUUAAAAAAAAUAACAAUGGCGGCAUUAGAAGCACUCAACAACAAAGAAUUAAGACAAAAAUGCAUUGAAUAUGGCAUGCCCAAUGUGCCAGUUACCGAUUCGAGUCGUAAAAUUCUUAUCAGACGCCUAGAGGCGGCAAUGUCGGGCAAGCCAGUAGCUACGACGCCUGCCAAGUCGAAUCGUCGAGAGACAAUGCAUGUUUCAAAGCCAUCAGAAGUGGCGUCAUCACCCAAAAUAACUAUUAAUAACAAUAAUGCGACAAAAACAGCCACAGCUGCAAGUAAUCGACCUUCUCGACGCACCAUAGCAGUGCCCGAAAGGCAUGUAGCCACCACAACCACGGUUAGCGAACCGGAAUAUUCGGAUGUUUCACCGGAUCGGGUAGAGCCCGAGCCAAUUAGAGUUAAAACUAAGACACCAGAAAAGCCUCCAACAUUAUACCCCAAAUUACCGGCUAAAGAGCCCUCUCCUAAGCCUCAGCAUUUGAGCAAAACUGGUGUUGUUACAACUUCUUACAUGCAGGAGACCACCCCAAUUAAUAAGACUUAUGCAGCCCCAGAUGAAAUUGAUUUGGUGGAGGACUUUGUGGUCGCAGCGGAGCCUGUUAAAAAAGCCAUGAGCAAUCCUCCCAAAUUUAGUUAUGUACCCGUUUCAGAACCCAAGGUCACCACCACUGCUCCACUAACUGCAAGUCUCAGUUCCAGUACACGUUACAGUUCUUUGGACUCGUAUAACUACAAGAAACCAAACUAUUUGUCGUCAACUAAUGUACGCAAAAGUUAUAUACCACCUUCUACCAACUACAGCAAACCCUCAAUGACCACACAAUACGCUCAGUCUUAUGAUGCUGAAAUAGAAGAUGAUGAGGAGGACGAAGACUAUGAAGAUGACGAGGAAGAUGUGGUUUUGGUGGAGGAAUCACCCAUUAAGGAUGCGGAAACACCUUUUCUUAGCCAAUUUGCUCGUAAUUUGGAAACUCUCAAGGCCACUCCAAUACGCCAUUCGGUGGGUCCCACUAAAAUCACACCACCCAAACCAACAACUCUACGCAAUCGUGAUAAUGUUUAUUCGAGACGCACCAUAGGCACCCCAUCCAGCAACAUUAAUCCCAGACGUACCAUUAAGUCUGCCCAAAAUGCUGAGAAUUCUGAAUUCCGGCAAUUUAUUUUGGCCUUGGAGGAGAAAUAUCAUUUGAAACAUUCUUUAAUCUUAAUCUCUAUAUUUAUAAUGGCCGUUUUCAUUUAUGUUUUCUUUAUACAAAGUGUUUAAACAGUAAUAAUAUUGUAAGAUUGAUUUGUGUCGUUUUUUUUGUGAACUUUAAAUCUAAGUAUUUGUUUAAUCUCAUAUUUUACAAGUUAUUUUUUCCCCAUUCAAUUUGAAAUUUUGGUUUAAUUUAUUGCUAAUUUGUUUUUUGUCGCUUUGUAUUGUAAGUUUCUUUAUGUAUUUUAUAAAAAUCAACUAAAAUGUAUGCGUUUUAAUUACUUUCUUACUUACUGAUGUUAAAAUGUUAUAAAAAUAAUAAGAAUUUCAAAAUUAAUUUAAAUAAAAAGAAAAACUUAACUAAAAAAUUAAA